CGCAAUUCACACGGGAUUAUUUUAGCCGCCGUUAAAUAUCGGAUUUGCGGGUUAUUUCUACGUAAAUUAUUGAAAAAUUAAAUGUCAAAUCGUGAAGAGUGAGUGAAUUAAGCGCGCUUUUGCCCACCCCUCAUCAGACAACUCUUUUCGCCGGAGAAGGCCGGUGGCCGGGUUUGCCGGUCCGUUUUGGAACAUCAAUCAAUGGCGGUUUUCCCCGCCUCCGCUAAUGGUGCGACUAGUAAGGCCGCGAACUCUCUGAUUCGUAUCCCGCCAAUGGUGCCCUUAUGCUUAUUGCUGCUUUCUGCAGCCACACAACUUUCCGCGCUCAUAGAGGUUGAUCUAAAACAUCCAGUGGUGGAUGUCACUCCAAUUCCUCUUUCUGGACACUCAUCAUCUAGAGAUGUUGUAUCAUGCGAACGUGUUUUAGUUUCUGGUGUAUCUAGAUUGAAACUAGGAAGCUAUGCUAGUGCGUACCGUGUCACGUUGAUCCCAUCUGCAGUUAUCCCUGAGAGGUUACAUGGCAAGAUUCAGAUUUGCUCUCACAAGAAUUCUUCACUUGAUUUAUGUAAGUGUCAACAAGAUGAUUGGAAAAGCUUACAAAAAGGGGCAUGGAGCUCUGUUAUGUCACCUUAUGAGGACAGAUUAAUUGAUGUAAAAUAUGUUGGGGAUUUUAUGGAUUCUGUAACUGUCACCAUUGAAGAAGAUCCACAAAAUUGGCGUUUGGUGUGUCUUGCUAUGGGCAUGAUUCUAUUGUUAUUAGCUCCAAUUGUCAGCAGUUGGGUCCCCUUCUACUAUAGUAGUUCAAUGAUGAUCGGUAUUUGCCUUGUUAUCAUUAUCCUCCUUUUCCAGGCAAUGAAAUUACUACCAACUGGAAGGAAAAAUAUGUUCUACGUAACUAUAUAUGGAUCAAUGCUUGGAGCUGGAUCAUUUUUGCUGCAUCACUUCUCAAUGGUGGUAAACUCCAUUCUUUUGAAUUUUGGGCUUGAUGAGGAGUUGCAUAACCCUGUAUCUAUAUUCGUUCUAGUUGGGGUUAUCCUAUCUGGAGCUGGAUUUGGGUAUUGGCUUGUGAGGAAGUAUGUUGUUUCAGAAAAUGGAAAUGUGGAUACGGGAGUGGCUCAGUUUGUGAAGUGGGCGAUCCGGAUCAUUGGCAUCACUUUUGUCUUUCAGAGCACAUUAGAUACUCCUCUGGCAAUUGUUGUGCUUGGUUUGUGGUGUUUGCUCUGCUCUUGUAUGAAUUCCAUGAGGCAACGCAGAGCAAGAAAUAGGUCUGUGAAUGCACGUAUAAAUAAGCAAUUGAACUUGACGCCAAAGCGUGCUGAGUUUUAUAAGAAGUCAAAGAGAGCAGGAAUUUAUGGAUCUGCAUCUAAAAGCCCAAUGAGCUCAUCUCCUUGGUCUGGUUCUCCUCUAAGAGGUUUGGCUCGAUCUAAUAAUAAGAGGGUGGCAAAAAAGGAACCUGCAUGCUAUUACUCAACCUAUCACAAGACGCCUAACAGGAAGAGAUUCUCAGCAAGGGAAUGGGAGGAGUUCACACAAGAAUCCACCAAGUCGGGAAUAGCUGAGUUGGCAUCUUCACCUGAAUUCGCUGAUUGGAUAAUGAAAAACGCUGAUAGAGUGAAGGUGGUUCCAGAGGAGAGUUCUGAUGAAACGGUCGAUAGCAGGUCAGAUGAUGAUAGUGCUGCAGAGAGUUGCAGCGGGGUCAGUUUCUUCAAGUGGCAGCGGUAAAACAUGUAUAUCACCCUAUUCUAAUAGAGAAAAUGAACCAGCUUUUUAGCUUAAGUUGACCUACUGGCAGAGCUUGUAAUUAAUUACCUUUGUAGGCAUGGUUUAAUUACAUGUGAACAAGAGUACUAAUGUUAAAGAUACGCAGGCUUUAUGCGUCGAGUUAUGUUUUGAUUUUUUCGGAAACAAGAGUACAUAAUGGCAUUUUACUAGUCUCUUUCUCAA